UCCAUGCCAUGUCGUGCCAUGCUGUGCCAUCAGGACUCCCUCUGCAGCAGCAAAACGCUGCAGGGUUACUUCCACCUCUGGAGCUCAGGCUGUGGGGCAGAUAAAGCAAAAGAUGAAGGGCCCCGGAGGGAAGGGCAGAGGGGAUGGGGUGGGAGAGCACAGCGCUGUGGGCUGCCCUGAGGGGAGGCCAGAGAGUCAGGCUUGUUAGAACAGGGAAGGGAGGAAAGUGGGAUUUUACUCCAAAGGAAGGCAAGAGCCCCCGAAAACGUCGUUGGAUAAUACAAAGACUUUUUCCUUCCAUACAGCAUUAAACACAUCCGUAACUGAAACCCAGAUUCCCUCUGCAGCCCCAUGAGCUCGCCCUGCAGCAGGGCAAAGCUUCACCCAUCGCUGCCCUUCACCUCCCAGCACCAAUCCGCCAGAGCCCCGUGAGGAGAGAGCUGCCCUGCCCGCUGGGAAACCAUUUUCCAUAACCCUCACUUGUGCUGCAGGGUGAGCCGAGCUGUGUGGUAUUUCCUGUGGUUGCAGCGUGUAAAGAGGUUAACACUGUCACUGAGGUUAACCCUUCGCCCGACGGGGCGGGGGACAGGGUGGGGACAAACUGGGGCAAACAGGGAGGGUGGCACCAGGACCCCUGGCCGUGCUCCCCCUGGGUUUUCCAGCCACUGAGUACUGGGAAACAGCAGCAGAGGAAGGGGCGCGCACAGCCCCGCUCCGUGGGCUGUCUCAUUGAAGGGUUUUGGGUUUAGUCACAGAAAUUAAAGCAGUUCCUCGGUGAAAUGUGGGGCUCGGCAGCCCCCGCCGUGGUGGGGCUGGCAGCACGAGACGUCUGCCGCAGAGCACCAAGUGACACGAGCGUAACAAAAUCACAGAGUCUGCCAGGAAGACACCAUCCUGCAAGAGAGCAAGAAGCGCGCACGUGAGCCUGUUGCUUUAAGGGAUGCUGGGUUUUCCCAUGGACUGACUCAAAGUGGAAACUCUGUUCUUUCUCAGCGCGCAAUCUAGGUCAGGGCUGCCGCCAGUCGCUGCUGCUCCUCGCUGUGACCAGCAGUGGGGCUGUGAUCGGUCCCCAUCCCAUCGCCAUGGGGCAGCAGCCCCGCUCCCGUUGUCUCCGCUCGGCUCCCGCGUGCUCCUGACCCUGGAGGUGUGCGGGCAGCUGGGAGGCCUUCAGAGCCCCUCCCUGGGUCGGCUUGGCGCCUGGCUGCUCCUUAUGAACGAUUUCACUGUGCUGGAAACAAAUGAGGUCAGCGCAUGCAUCCCGAAGGCUAUGCCCCGCGCAGGCAGCGGCCGCAGCCCAGGACAUGGCGGGAGGCAGAGAAGCUUUCAUGCUCCGUAUCCUGCUCUGCAUCCUGGUCAGAGGUGCUGCCCAAUUCAGGUGCCUGGGGCACGUGCGGAUCGAGCCAGGCUCAGUGGUGCCAAUGGGUUCCAACGUCUCCAUCACCUGUGUCUCGGCGCUGGACUGCCCGUGGGCGAGCCUCUCCAUCCUGCUCAACCUCACAGACCCGGAGGGUUCCCCACGCACUCUCAACAGCAGCGCGGCCCAGCUUCAGCUGCGCGGUUUCCGCCUGCCCUUCAGCACCAUCACCUGCCUCGCCCGCUGCCCCAACAGCUACUGGAACAAGCUGGUCUGCGGGACGGAGCUCUGGGCCGGCUAUCCCCCGGACCCCCCUGCCAACUUGAGCUGUGCCAUCCCCGAGCGCUCGGGGAGCCUGGCAUGCACGUGGGACGCCGGGCAGCCGACGCUGCUGCGCACCAACUACAGCCUCCACCUGCGCAGCAUAGAGACGGCGCAGGAGGAUGUGUUCCCCGCAGGCUCGCCGGUGCCCUUGAGUGCACUGAAUGGCAGCAGUCGCUACCUGGCUUGGGUGCAGGCCAGCAACGCACUGGGCACGGCACGCUCGGCCCCUCAGCACCUCGACCUGCAGCGGCUCGUGGUGCCCACCGUGCCCCUGGCCGAGAGCGCGGAGACGACGGCGGGGUCACCUCCCACCACUACCGUCCAUUGGAGACAGCAGACGGAACUGCAGGACGUGCGCUGCGAGGAGCGGCACAAGGCGGCGGGUGCUGCGGAGUGGCAUGUGACAGCAUGGGACGGUGCAGAGCAGCGUGGACACCAGCUUCAGAGUGCGACCAGCUAUGUGUUCCAGGCGCGGUGCCGGCUCAGCACUGCGGGAAGCCCCUGGAGUGCCUGGAGCCUGCCCUUCACCUACAGCACACCCGAGGCUGCCCCCGCGGCAGCACCCGACGUCUGGCGGCGGCUUGGCCGGCUGUUCCCCAACGGCAGCCACGAGGUGACAGUCUUGAUCAAGCAUCCCCGCGAUGCCCGCGUGCCCAUCCUGGGCUACGCCGUGACGGAGGGAGCCUCGCGUCCCCUGUGCAACACGUCGAGCACCGCCUGCCGCCUGCUGCUGCCCCCCGGCCUGAGCGACCUCCGCGUCACCGCCUACAACUCCCGGGGGACUUCCAGCCCCGCCCGGGUGACACUCCGCCGGGACGCCAGCCCGGAAGCCUUCCCACCGCCGCUGGCUGUGGAUGUCCAGCGCGAGAACCAGAGCACCAUAUCCGUGGCCUGGCAGCCCCCCCACCACAGCGGGACCCCCCCGCUCUGGUUCAUAGUGGAGUGGGUUUGUACAGCUCCGUACAGCCACGAGGAAGAGUUUUUUUGGGAGAAAGUCCCACGCCAGGAUACACACACGUACAUCCAAGAGGAUGCAGCAGCAAGAAGCCACAUCAACGUGUCGGUGUACGCUGUCUACCCAGAUGGAGUGAGCAAGCCAAGCUUUGGCCAAGUUUCUUCGGAGGACCAGAUGCUGGGCAUCAUCUACCAGGAGGCUUCGCAUGAUGACGACAUCAGAUUUUUCCUGGGAAUGGGUGUCAGUGUGAUGGUAUUAUCGGUUGUUCUUGUAAUUCUGAUGCUUAAAAAAUCAGCUAGGAAAAGGAUUAAGGCAGCAGUUGUGCUGGUUUUGCCAAAAUGGCUGUUUGAGGAUUUCCCCCACGUGGAAAACAGCAAGGUGAUAAAGUCACUCCAGGAAAAGAGUGAAUUCACAAACAACGUUUUCAGUGAGCCGUUCCUGGAUAGCAGUGACCCCACAAUUACGGAAAUAAAGGAGCUGUCAGGGCACAAGAAAUACAAGAACGUGGACAUCAAACAAGAACCCAGCAGAGUGGUCCCUGAGAACGUGGAGCACCCACAGAGCUCAGCACCUCCCCAUACCAUGGCCACGGAGCAAAUCAGUGACUACAAACCCCAAAUCUUCGACGGAAACACACUGGGGUAUGUAGCUGCCAACAUCGGCCAACUACAGUCCUACACACCGCCUCCAGAACCAGAGACAAACAUUUUCUUCAGAGACUACACCAGCCCUUUCAGCUACCUGUGGGAUGCUGAAGGAGCAGGGCACCAGGUCUGCCUGCUGGACAAGAUCAACCUGAUUUUAAACAACGACAGAAGUGGGCAAAACCUGGCAUUCAGCUCCGCCCAGGAGGAACAAAAUACCCUUUUGGGAAAUCAGUGGGAAAAAACACUGUACAGUGAAGGAGUUCAAGAACAAACUUUGGUUCCAGAUGAGCUGGUUUCUUGCUUAAGAGCGAUGAAUGGAGAAUCUGUGGAUAGACAGACCUGCUUCCCGCAGAGCAUCGGAAGCUUGUUUUGAGAGAAAUUGUGAUGAAAAGCCCCAAAACUUGUGAUGAUAUGAUCGUGACACGUAUCUGCUUUUGAGGUUUCAAACAUCAGAACUGGAACAAAACUCCAAAUCAGAAACUCUUCCUCCCUUAACUGACUACAGACAGCUUUGGAUGCAUGGAACACUUUGGCCAGUAAAGCAGUGUUUUAAUUUAACCUGAUAUUUUUACAAACACGAAAAUGUGAACUUGGAUUCCUGCAAGAACUGAAAUACAAAGCAGGUGAUUUUUACAGGAUACAUUAUGCUUCAAUUACUAGGCUCAGACACUCUCUUGUUAAAUGUAGGGAACAUGUAAUAGCUGGAGCUGAUUGCCUUCAAGAUGGAUAAAACUAUCCCUUAGGUGUUCUGGCUGAAUUGCAUAAAAUAGCUUGGGAUCACUCAUAAUGAAGAGACACUACAAUACGGACAAUUUACACAUCACGCAGCAGCCAUGGAUACCAUAUGAAAUCUUUUCUGUUUGACAGAAUAGCCCAAUUUCAUUUUCCUUUCCAUUCAGUAAGAAGGAAUGCGUCAGAUAAGAACAGACCUUCAUCAUCUUAGUCUGCCAGCCCUACUGAAAAUCUGUCUACAUUUGUCACUGGGCAGAUCUUCCAUUUUGGAUGAAGGAUUUAUCAUCUCACGUCAGUUUGUCAGUGGCUCAGCUUUGCUGUUCUGUAAAAAGCAGAACAUGGCAGAGAGAAAUGGCAUUUAUUCAGCGCACAACAGGAAAUGUGGAUCUUCUGAGAUGCAGAAAACAAAAUAUAGGAGUCUCCUUCCUGCUGAGUGGUCUUGAAACCAUGUAAAAGUUUGCCCAGGAUGUCAGAGGCAGUCUUGCAAGAUGUUCCAGAAAGCAGAAAUGCCCUGGGAAUGUGAGAAUCUGGAUUAUGCGUAUAGCACUUCUUUGACUGAUCACCCCGACCUUUUUAAGGAAACACUUGAAAUGCUUUUAAGGAAUGCAAGCAUAAAAGAAGUUUACUAUACCCUGUAAAAUGGCUGAGCAUUCGAUGAGCAAUGCUCUCCCUAAGGUUUGUUCUAUUGGUCCUUUUCUCCUACCUCUUGUUUCACAGCAAGGACUAGUUAUAUGCCGGAGCCACGUCAGGAUGCACUUAGGAGUUAGUGCCAUGCAGCCAGCAAUGGAGGACAGCACUGGAGGAGCUCAGGGUGGAGCAAGAGGAGGGCACUGGCCCUGAAGCCUCUUUCAUGCUGCUUAGAGCAGGAGCCUUGGGCACUGCAGCACUGCUAACAAUACGUAGCACAAAGGAGUCUCCGAGCUGUGUACCAGCGUGUGUGAUUUCCACUCACUCCUCUCACUCCACUCACUGAGGAGUCUGUGCAUCUUACACAGCUCUGGGUAACGGAGCUGGCCGUGCGCAUUGCAAGGGAUGUAUUUUGUAAGACUGACAUUAACAUAAUCACAAAAAAAAAAAGGAAAAAAGAUCACCAGACUGUGCAUUACCAAACCAAAGGCUGUAAAACAGUCAUUGCAAGACUCAGUGCUUUUUUAUAAGACUUAGAAGGCUAAUGUAAAUGCUAACCUAUAUGUAAUUAGUUGUCUAGCAUUACUCACUUGAUCACUGCUGUAAAACCUAGAGAUUGUAAUUUUUGUUUUGAAUUUUGCUAGGCAAUGUGUUUUUCUCUAACAGCUGUUGCACAAAUUGAUCAGUUUUGUCAUUUAGUCCUGGACACCUUUCAACCAAAACAGUUGUGAGCUAUAGAUGCUUCCUCUUGGCAAUCAAGAGAUCUGCCAUCUGUCACUUACAUUUACAGCAUAGCGUGUAACCUGGAAAGAUGGGAUAGAUUUGUACUUAAGAAGUAAGUAGCAGAACUGUUUCCAAGCCUGAAAUGUUACUCUCACAUGUCAGCUAGUCUAAAAUUAGUGAUUGCUGCCUGUGCAGGAAGGAAAUUGUAAGAGAACAGCCACGUACGAUCAGCAGCCAAAAUGUGAGGUGUAGAAGGUAUUUUUUUUUUUUUUCAAUGUCCACAUCCUGAGACUUGAGCUGCCUGUGUUACCUGAACGACCACAACACUUGGGGUGUUUACUGCUACACGGAAAUGCUUAGCUCGCUCAUCCUUUCAAAUACCAGGACUGAAAGCAUAGUCUUACACUCCAGGUGCCUGCUGGCUGAAGGCUAAGUCACACUAGGAGAGAGGCCUGUGCGUAGAUCAGUGGUCAGGAGGGAGCUGGCUCUUUCCCUGCUGAACCUAUCACACUGUGUUUCACUCCUGAAACCUUCACCCCUCUCUCACUGUGUGCACGUUAACAGCCAAGCUGCCUUCAGUUUCACUGGGGCUGAAGGAUUUCUUUCUUUCCAUGGGUGAACGGCACAACCAGAAAACACGGGCAGGUUACCAGGAGAAAAUGGAAGGAGAAGGGCAAAAAAAUACACAGCACCGCUCCCCCUCUCCCUUUGAACCCACAUAGACGGUGGUUAACGGAUUAGGUCUGGAACAGAUGCCUGUGAUGCUUGCCUCUGGCAACGAGUGCUUUGGGGCAUGAGGAAAGCUAGCACUUUGUCAGCAGCCCAGUGCCAUGUCGUGACCUCAGUUUCAUAUCUGACUUGUUAGAGUUGCACUUCGCUCCGCUUUUUGUCUUUGCCCACUUUGACCGUAUGAAGGCCUUUUCAUCAGCCCUGGGCCUACUUUCCACUGAGUGCAGUACUUAGUGGUAAAAACCAGCAUCCUGAGUGCCAGGAAUUGAAGUAGCUGUCGUGCAAGCACAACACCAAGAUCCUCGUAACGGGAAACUUUGAAUAUAUGGAUGGCUCAGCACUUGUAAUCAAAUAACGAUGACAUUCUUAACACGUUUAUUUUAGCAUCUCCAGAUUCACCUCUUCCCCACAUAUGACGUGCUCUCUAAUUCUUGGCAUUUGUGUUUUCUAAACCUUUUUCUAAGUUUGCUUAUGUUGUUGGCAGCUGUAUCGCGUGCCAGUGAGUUCUGCAGGUUAUUUACCAGUUUGGCAAUGAGCUGCAUGGGUUCUUCAC